AUGGUCGCGCGCUUCCAAUGUUGGCGAGCGUUGCUAUGGCACGAGGCUACGGAGGCCGUGCAGCUGCUUCAGCCAGCUCUACAGCGCAAAGCUCGGUUCGAGGAGCUCCUCGCCCAGCUUGAGACUGAGCGGCCACGUGCCAGGGAAGUCAUCGGUCUUGACGUGCGUGCUUCUGUGCAAGGCCUCGAGGGUGAUAGCCUGGAGUUCACCGCUGCCAUGGACCCCAGCAGCCCAGGCGACAGCCCAUUCGGCCAGAGGCUGCGAUGGACGCUUCUCGGCAGGAUCGAGGAGGGCGAAUGCGGCAGGCGAGUGGGCGUGGGCAUGCUCGCUGCAGUCUCCGUAUUGCAGGCGUGCUAUGGCCUUCAAUGGCCAUUGCAGGGCGCGGAGUACGGCAUCGGGGACUGA